AAAAACUGCUCUGUGCCACAGAUAGUUUCGAAAUAACUGGAAAUAACCUCAACCUCAUAUCCCAUCCAAAGGGUUACGAUGCUUUUGGUUUCGCGGGGUUACAACUAUUUAUAAAACCAGCUUUCGAUCGUGUGCCAUUUACAAUGGGCGACCACGCAUUACCGGCGUUAAAUGCGAGAUAAUUAAUUGCCGUGUGUCUCUGUGAAUUACGAAUACCGUGAUGGAAUGUUCAUUUUCGUGAGACCGGUGGAUCUACUGUAAUUUUUAAAUUCUAUAACGAAUUCAACCAUGGCUCUUUUGGGGGCUCAGUUGGUCAUUACUCUAAUUAUGGUCAGUAUCAUUCAGAAAUUAACUCCACAUUUUUCAUUGGCAAGAUGGAUUUUAUGCUCUACCGGGUUAACACGUUAUUUGUAUCCAACUGACCAGCAACUGAGAGCUCUGGUGGGUGUACCUAAGGAGAAACCCAAGAAAAAUAAGCAUACAGAAAAUGGAAAAGUUGGUGAUGUAUUUCAUGUUCCUAGAAAUUUGGAUAUUACACUGGAGAGUGCUAAAAUAACUACGUUGGAUGUUGUGCAUUUAAAAUAUUAUACAGAGUAUCAGUGGUUAUUGGAUUUUUCUGUUUAUGCAACUGCAGUUUAUAUAAUGACAGAGGUAUACAAUCACUUUUAUCCAAUCAAAGAUGAGAUUAAUCUAAGUAUGCUUUGGUGCUCAUUGGUUCUUGGUUUUGCAUUCAAAGUAUUACUUUCUCUGUGGAUACAAUAUUUCACAGGAAAGGAGAGUACCGGCGAAAGGUCUACGUGUAUUGUUACCGGAUUUGCUUAUCUCCUCAUAGCUAUGGUGAUUCUUAUAGUUGACGAAAAAAACCUUGAAAUUGGAUUAGACAAAGCCUAUGUUAGCUUCAAUCAUAGUGCAUCAUUGUUUCUAGACAAUCAAGGUCUUUCUUCUACAGGGCCUGCAUCAAAAAUUGUUUUAAAGUUCUUCCUUGCCUUGUGGUGUGGUUUGCUUGGUUCUUUUUUUACUUUCCCAGGAUUGAGGGUAUCAAAAAUGCAUUGGGAUGCAUUGAGAUAUUAUAAAGAUCAAAAGCUAUUAGUGUUAAUAGCGAAUCUUAGUUACGCGUCUCCGCUUCUAUUAGUAUGCUUAUGGAUUAAGCCUAUAAGCAGAGAUUACCUCACAGUUCGAAUAUUUACUGGUAUGAAUGGGCCAUUAAUGACGUCCCCAAGUUUUGAAAGCAUGAGGUUAAUUGCAAUUGUUGUUGCAGUCUUAUUAAAACUCAUAUUAAUGCCAAUGUACUUGCAAUCGUACCUUAAUUUAGCUGUACAACGAUUAGAAAAUCAAAAGAAAGAAGCUGGUAGAAUUAAAAAUGUCGAUUUACAGAAAAAGAUUGCAGCCGUAUUUUAUUAUUUAUGCGUCGUAGCGUUGCAAUUCGUUGUUCCAAUUAUUAUAUGCUUAUUUUUCACAUUUAUGUACAAAACAUUAGGCGGUUAUACAUGGCAAGGUCUCCUAAAAGGGACAGCAGUUGAAGAGUGUCCAGCAGAUGAAGCACCCAAUUCUGUACUAAAUGCAAUAAAUAAUGACGAUACCGAAAAAACUGUUGUCCAGACAGCCCAAGAUUUUCAGCUUGCGUUGAGUUCCUUAAAACAGAUUUUUACAACAGAAGUGUACAGAGGUUUGUUAGGUUUAGCAACAUGGUGGAGUUGUUUUGCGUUAUUUGCAACUACCGCUAUGGGAAUGUUUUAUCAGUCAUACUUUUCUAGUAUGUAAAAGGAUACCACAGAAAAGAAUGUUCGAUGUCGCAACGCACAAAUUUACGUCGUAUUUCACAACUGGUUUGGAAACCAUUGGACUACUUGGCGAACAUGUCUUGAAAAUAAUUUAUCUUAAAAAAGUACCUAAGUUAAGGUACGCACAAUACUGGUUGUUUAAGAGGAGCGUUCGUAAUAACUUUUAAAAUUUGUAAUAAUAGCAAUAAAAAGUGCUACGAUUGUAAUACGAAUAAAUACUAUUUGGACUUGAAGACUUAAAGUGAACGACUGCAAGAUUUUUGUUAUUACGUAUUGUACGUAAUAACGGUAUAUAAAAGUCAAUACUGAACGUAUAGUAUCGGAAGUAAAUUCGCAGAUGUUUUAUGGUCGAACAUAAAGUAAGGCUUUCGAAUGUGUGCGAGACAUAAAUAAAUUGUAUCACUGCCGAUAAAUAACCUAUUUAAUAUUCAACGAACGACUAACUGAUUACAAUUAAUAACUCGUCUGCGUAUCAACUCCAAUUUAGACUGAUCGAAAGCAACUUUCCUCGUUAGUUCCACGAAUCUAGAUGAAUCGAAUAGAUAUAUUUCAUUACCUUUUACAUACUCGCUGCGGUAAAAUAUAAUGUUAUCUUGUAUAUAUUUCUGUACAAAAUGCUUAUUCGAGUUUUAUGUACGACAACGAAUAAUUUUAUCAACGAUGUAUCAGUAUUUAAUGAAAAUAUGGUAAACCAUGA